AAUAACGCCUCUCAUCUUCUAAAUGCAGUUUCAACACUUACAGCAGCCUUUGAACCUGACCUCUUGUAGUCGUAAAUCUCAACCAACCAAGCGAUAUGGGAGAGCGCGUCGUUGUAAUUACAAGCUGUUCAACAGGAAUUGGUCUGUCGACUGCAGUUCAACUGGCGAAGAGCGAGGCAAAAAAAUACAUAGUCUACGCUACGAUGCGCAAUCUUGCAAAGAAAGGACCCUUGGUUGAGAAGGCUGGCGAUACUCUUAACAAGAACUUGUUUAUCAUUGAGAUGGACGUGAAAAGUGAGUCGUCUGUUAAAGCAGCAGUUAAGAAGGUCUUCAAUGCUCGUGGAAGAAUUGAUGUCCUCGUCAACAAUGCUGGUGUUGGUAUGGUGGGGGCUCUAGAGUGCCAAAGUAUGGACAGCAUCAAGAAUAUUUAUGAAACUAAUGUUUAUGGUGUGAUUCACUGCAUCAAGGCAGUGUUGCCAUCUAUGAAAAAGAAGGAAAGUGGCCAAAUAAUUACAGUCAGUUCUGGGGCCGGAAGAUUUGGUGUGCCAUUGUGUGCUGCCUAUUGUUCAUCAAAGCAUGCUAUCUCUGGUCUGACAGAAUCUUUGGCACCUACUCUCAAACAAUUCAACAUCAAUAUAUCAGUGGUUGAGCCUGGCCCUGUGUCUACAGAGUUUACCAACACCGUGAGAAGCAUUGGUUUUAGUGGAAUUGAAGAUGGAGACGAGAAAACAAAAAAGUUAGUGGAGAGCUUCACUUCAUCUAUGGAUAAGAUUGUUACAAAGGCUCAAAAAGGUGAAGAAGUUGCCGAGUGUAUUCAGAAAGUUGUUGAAACCGAGAUUCCUAACGUUUAUUACACCACAAGUCCUGCAUUGGAUGCAAUGACUGCGAAAAAAUAUGUUGAUAUUACUGGAAACUCUUUCCUUACAUCCUUUCCACAAUACCUUAAGUAAUUUCAACUUUUUCUACGAUCUAGAACUCUAUGAGAGAGUGAUUAAGAAAUGGUGUGAUUAUUUGAAAACUCAAUUAAUGAAACUGUACGUUUGUACGCUCGGAA